AUGGAUCUGGCGAUGGUCUUCAUGCAGCUACGAGGCAGGGAGAUGUUUCGGCCAUGUCUUCUGUGGGGAUUGGCCUCCAGCUGGACAGCUACGGGGGAGAUAGACAUUGAUGAGUUCAAGUCCUUUGAGAAGCCAGAUCUUCCAGCCUUUCUGGACUAUGACUGCGAUUUGGUCGGCACGAAGCCUGGCGCCGUGGUCGAUUGGAAUUUGGUGUACCAGCGAGUUGAGUCCAGCUUCUCGCGCUUGAGCCCGCUGAAAUCUAACUUUUCCUUCCCGGAAGAGUUCAAGCAUCUGGUGGUGGACUCGGGUCCUCGCAGGUCUGCCGAUCCCUCGAGGAGGGCCCUGGAGGAAUGCCCGCUUGGCGCGAUGUACCUGCGGCUGCUGUACUACUACCAAGGGCUCACGAUCAACAAUCUUUGGCACCAGGAGGUCGAGCAGGAGAUCCAGCUCGUCUUGGCCACCUAUCCCACCUACGCUUUAGCACUCACUCGCUGGCCCAUUUUCCCGGUGCUUGCGCACUUCUCCCACGUCCACCGCCUUCCCUUGGAGGUGGUGAUGUGCGACGAUGUGAAGGGUGUUGUUGACUGGGGCCAGUGCCGCAAAGACGGCAUGCGCUGGAUCGACCUGGUGUAUACAGAUGAGGAGUCGAAGCUCCCGGCCCACGACGAGACGAUGCUCGAGUUGCAGGUCGUUGUCUCCCAGUAUCUUUACACCAUCCUGCGCUGGAAGGAAAACCAGCUGAAGGCCUCGGAAGAGUGCCCCUUUGGGUUUUUCUUCUUGGCAGCGACACAGCUCGUGGCUGCGGCGGGCAAGAGCACACAGCACUUGCCUCCUUUCGGGAAGAUCAUGGACCAGGUGGUGGGUGCGUUACAGUUCGGCAGGGUGAGCAGCUCGCCCUGGCCGGUUUGGCACGUGUUGGCCAUUUUCGCAGAUUUCAACAAGGCAAAUUGGUAUUGGGGCGGUGAUCGGAAAUAUCUCCGUGGAUACAGCGACUGGAACCUGCGAAGUGAUGAACUCUCCCCGCUGGUGUCUCCCCGCAACGCCUUUCUGUCACCCGGCUGGAAGGAAGAGGCCGUCGAGAAGGUCGAUUCACUGGUGCAGCUGCGUCACAUCAAGUUCGUGGAAGCUCUGAGCACGCGGAGUCGGAUUCAGGAGGAUGGCUGGGGACCAAUGAGGCCCAUUGUCAGGAGCUUGGUUGGUGCAGCUCAGGCUGUGGCGGCGGUGUCGGAACGACAAGGACUCAAGCGGCGGCUUGCAUAUGUGGUGCUGCUGUACGGUGGGAAGUGGGCAUACCUUUUGGAACGGCUUGCGCGCCAUCUCUUUCACCUGAAUGUCCUGCAUCCUCUGCUGGUGAUCGCCAUAGGUGAAGAUGCCGCGAGCACUUGUCGCAAGCUCAUGUCAGGAGAUAGCAUGCAGAGUGCCCAGGUGAUCUGUUGGAUGCCAGACGCGAUGUCGCAGGUCCAUCGCUUCACUUGCAUCCAUGGCCUGUUGCAUCUCGGAAUCGAUGUACUGUACACAGACAUGGACACCUUCUGGCUCCGAGAUCCCACCAAUCGUAUCCUGGCUUCAGCUGAAGGCUGGGAUGCGCUUUUUGCCCGCCACGGGGAUGCGGACUGCGUCAACAUAGGCGUAUUCUAUCUCCGGGCCUCAGGGCGGACGGCCUUGUGGAUGUCGCAGUUCAUUGCAUGGUACCAUGAUCACCCCUUCGAGAUCGACCAGCGCGGGCUGCACGUCUUCUUGGGUCUCCCGACUCAGCGCAUGAAGGUCGCCUUCUUGCCGGAGGACUUGGUGCAGAUCCGGGGGUCGGUCUUGGAAGACCGAAAUGAGGUGGUCAUUGGGGAUAUCGGCUGGGCCGGCUUGCUGCCCAAGAUGCUUAUCUUUCACUGGUGCCACCGUCCGAUCGAGCUGAAAGAGAAGGAGAUCAAUAUAGCCUACGAUGCCAACGAGGCUCUCCUGCAUCACAACCUUCCUGUGUCCCUGGCCGUUUCGGUAAUGGCGGGGGCCAUGCCCCGUACUCCUUGGGCAUAUGCGUUCAAGUUUCGAGUGGUCUUGGACCAGUACAUAAAGGAACUCUCAGACGAGCGGGAGGCUUGCUGGUAG